AUGGCUGAAAGAGUUAAAAAGUUAUCAAAACUUUCUUCGACAUUGUGUAAGAGACUCCUAAAUAAUUUUUUCCAAGUUGUUGUAUGCCUGCCAGCCCGUCCGUUGAUUGCACGCGAACGAGCAGGCAGACGUGAAUGUGAGAAGCGAUCCGACGAAGACCUCAAUGAGCUCGUCAUAACAUGCCAUAUAAAACAUUUAUGCAGCAUGCAAAUCAUCGAUGGUCCCAGCAACGUCACCACCACUCUCGGUUCAAAGGUCAAAUUCAAAUGUUUGGUGGAAGCCUUUCCAAGCAACAUUACGUACAACUGGUACUUCAAUGACAAGAUCAUUCAAACUCCAGUCAGUAGAUUGCUUGAAAACUCAGGCGUGCAAGCUGACGGAGGCUACCUGAUGAAGAACGUCAGCGAGAAGAACAUGGGAUGGUACAAAUGUAAGCCCUACAAUGGAGUAGUUCAGUCGCCUGAAGCCUCUGCAUUUCUCAACGUCACAUAUGCUCCGAAAGUAAAAGACUUGAAGUUGUUGCAGUUUGUGAUGCGGGGUCUGGAGAGUUACAUCACGUGCCCUGUGGACGCCAACCCUCCAAUCAGCACCCUUAAGUGGUUCAAAGAAGAUAAACUGAUUCAAGUAACAAAAACUGAAUCGUCGAAACUUGAAGACUAUCCAAAUUAUGAAACCAACUUUAUCUCAUCAGCUGGAGAUUCUUCAUCUUCAUCCUCGUCAUCAUCGUCAUUGUCAUCCUCAAUCGUCAACUACAAGUUGUUUAUUCGCAACGUCAGUGAAGAUGACGCAGGCGCUUACACUUGCCUUCCUCUUUCCAGCAUGGGGGCAGGGCGCAUUUCUCCUCCAAUCAACGUCACCGUCAUUGGUUAG